AUGGGCUACACCUACGAGCAGGAGAAAGCCCUCUUCUACCAGCUGCAGAACAAGCUCGUAGCUCUGAAGUACAAGCCCGGCACCGCCCGAGUGGCUCACUACGCGGACCUCGAGAACAGCGUGCUAGACUUGGCGGACAGGCUGGUCGAGUACAUCAAGGCCUGCGUCGCCAGGCGCCACCGGAGGCACCAAUGUCCGGAUGAUAUUAUCCGUAGGUGGGAGGAACUGAAUAGGAUGUGCCGAGAGUUGGCGGCUGAGGCGGGCAGGCUCAAAGAGGAGACCAGACGGGUUCAGGCUGCUAGGAACAGUGACGGGUCGUGUUCAGCAGGAGGCGCGUGCCGGAGGAGGAGGGUGGCCAAGGAGCUUGAUGUUCCGAGAUCUCUUGUGGAAGAGGGCUAG